GAUUUUUUCUUCAAUUAUGAAGCCAAUGAAGCUAUCACAACACCAAAAAACUAUCCAUACUUAAUAAUAAUGCGUAUAUCCUUAUCACUUAUCAAAUGUUGGCCUAAAAAAACGACGGAAAAUCUCGCGGCUGGAGCCAAAUUAAAAGCAAAAGUUUGGGGGAUGAUACAAAAUGUUUUACAUUUGGCAUUCUGUGUGUUAACGAUUGUCGGUACAGCUACAUACGUUAUGAUACACAAGAAAAAUAUGACUUUCUUUGAACUUGGACAUUUGUAUAUAACUCUGAUGCUGAGUUGCGUUGUCUUUUCCCGAUUAGCUACUCUUACUUUUAAUGAAGAGUACCAAGUAGUCGCCAAUGAGUUUCUUAAUAAAAUUCAUCUUUUUUACUACAAAGACAAUUCAGAGUUUUCAAUGCAGACCCACAAGCAAAUUCAUCGGGUUUCCCACUUAUUUACACUGUACGUUACUGGUCAAAUGCUUGGUGGUCUCUCACUCUUCAACCUCACCCCUAUGUACAACAAUUAUUCUGCUGGGAAGUACAGCAAAGGAGGAUUGAAAAACUCAACGUUUGAUCACUCUCUAUACUAUUCAUAUCCUUUUAAUGUGUCUACUGAUGUAAGGGGGUAUAUUUUUAGCAAUAUUUUGCAUUGGUUUUUUUCUUACAUAGUAUCAACCUGGUUCUGUACGCUCGAUUUAUUUCUAUCGGUAAUCGUUUUUCACAUUUGGGGGCAUUUCAAAAUUCUACUUCAUGAUAUCGACAAUUUUCCAAAGCCAUCAAAAAUGGUUAGCUUUAAGUUAGAAAAUACUAACGUCACGAUUUCAAAUGAAAAUUAUUCAACUGAAGAGCUGGAGCUGCUUGCUGACAAAUUAAAGAAAUGUAUAGAUUACCAUCGAGAAAUCAUCAGUUUUACAAACAAAAUAUCGGAAGUGUUUGGGCCGAUGCUGUUGGCGUACUAUGGUUUCCAUCAGGCUAGCGGAUGUUUGCUACUCCUGGAGUGUUCACAAAUGACCCCAGAAGCACUGGCCCGCUAUUUACCACUUACAUUAAUAUUAUUUCAGCAACUAAUCCAACUGUCGAUCGUUUUUGAACUCGUUGGAACUGUGAGUAGUAAGCUAAAUGAUGCAGUGUAUGGCUUACCAUGGGAGGACAUGGAUGUAAAGAAUAGGAAAACUGUGGCCUUCUUCCUAUUAAAUGUACAGGAACCUGUGCAUGUGAAGGCAUUGGGACUGGCUGAUGUUGGUGUUACUUCUAUGACAAAGAUAUUGAAAACUUCAAUGUCAUUUUUCACCUUCUUACGCAGUAUAAAUGCUUGCGUUGCCGGCGCUAGCGGGGGCGGGGCGCGGGGCGCUCGCACCUGCGAGCCGCACGCUCGUCGCGAGCGGCGGUUAAACUCAAACUUCCCUACAUUAAUAAAAAUGGGAGGCAUACGUGACUUUAUAUUCAACCUUGAAGCAAAAGAAGAUAUCACUAAACCAACCGACUACCCAUAUAUGAUUUUGUGUCGUCAUUUACUAACAGUCAUAACUUGCUGGCCGAAGGAACCAAAAGAAGGACUCGAUACAAGAGCUAAGUUAAGAGGAAGAAUAUGGGUGACAUUUCAAAAAAUAUUUCAUUUGAAUGGAUGCUUUAUAACCACGAUUGGUAUGGCCAUGUACAUAGCACUACAUAAAAAAUCUAUGUCCUUUUUCGAACUAGGACAUUUGUAUAUUUCUCUGCUUAUGACUGUUGUUAUAUUUUCUAGGGUAACAACCCUUUGCUGGAAUCCUGAAUAUCAAGAUGUCGCUACUGAGUUUUUGACCAAAAUUCAUCUUUUCUAUUACAAAGAUGAUUCUAACUUUUCGAUGCAGACACACAAGCAAGUUCACAAGAUAUCCCAUCUAUUCACGUUAUUACUAACGGGUCAAAUGGUGGCUGGUAUGUCUCUCUUCAAUUUGACUCCCAUGUACAACAAUUUCUCGACUGGCAAGUACAAGAGAGGGGGUUUGAAAAACUCUACGUUUGAACAUUCUCUCUACUUCUCUUAUCCUUUCAAUGCUUCUUCUGAUGUCAGGGGAUAUAUUUUGAGCAAUAUUUUUCAUUGGAUUAUUUCAUACCUAUGUUCCACCUGGUUCUGUACACUGGACCUCUUCUUAUCAAUAAUGGUAUUCCAUGUUUGGGGGCACUUCAAAAUCUUGAUUCAUGAUCUCAACCAUUUCCCAAGGUCAUUGAAUACGAUCAGUUUUAGGUUAGACCAUAGUAACAUCACGCUUACAAAUGAAAUGUAUUCAAGCAGAGAGUUGGUACAAGUUUCUGAGAGAUUAAAUAAAUGUGUUGAAUAUCAUCGAAGAAUUGUCAGCUUUACAGACAAAAUGUCCGAAGUAUUUGGGCCAAUGCUGUUCGUUUAUUACGGUUUUCAUCAAACAAGCGGAUGUUUACUACUCUUGGAGUGUUCACAAAUGACUGUAGAAGCUUUGGUACGCUAUUUGCCUCUGACAAUAAUCUUAUUUCAGCAAUUAAUCCAACUGUCGAUUAUUUUCGAACUGGUUGGUAGUGUGAGUGACAAAUUAAAAGAUGCAGUUUAUGGCUUACCGUGGGAAGACAUGGAUACCAAGAAUAGGAAGACUGUGGCCUUCUUCCUAAUGAAUGUUCAGGAACCUGUGCAUGUGAAGGCGUUGGGACUAGCUGAUGUCGGUGUUACUUCUAUGACUGCGAUUUUGAAAACAUCAAUGUCGUAUUUCACCUUUCUUCGCAGUAAGUGA